UAGCCUAAAAAGCUAGUUUCAAACUUUAUCAAAUAUCUGUGUCUCUGAUAAAGGUUUGGUUUGAAUAUGUUGGUACUACUUUCAUUCUGGCUGCAUCUCUUAUGCUUGUGCUGUUGCACAGGGGUUAAGCAUCAGACUCCUGGUUCAAAGGUUGUUGGUUUGACAUCAGUCUCCACAAUGCCAUACUUAGUUGCAAGUACUGGUUAGAUACCAAGGAAGCAGUCAUGGAGCAUAGUGUGGAAACUUUCUUUACACUCUGUGCAGUAUAAUUCAGUCAGUGAGGAGCUAUCCUCAGCGUUUACCGCAGUAUUGUUAUGAGCUAAAAGUGAAGACAUGCCACGAUGCAUAAAGUUGAUCUAUACAAAUAUGUUCAUUAAGAUCAUGAGGAAAGCAAAGCCAAAACUUGGAAUUAUGAAGUUGUCAGACAUUUGUUAAAAUGAUGUGAGAUCUUUGGCACUGCAGAAAUCACAAACCAGGCUGACUGACACAAAUAACUGACUAGAGAUAAAAUAUGGCAUUUCUAGGUGGCUAUAGCGAGGACUUUGAUUUAGAUGAUGAUGGAAUUUUACGAGAUUCUGUGGAAUCAGGGGGACACUGGAUGGAUUGUAUUAUAGAUAAUAAAACUGGUGGUAUUCUCAUCGAUGAUGAUGGUAUAGUACGGGACGACUUUGAUAUUCUCAGCAAACACGGAAGCUCCACCCACUGGACUGAUUCUGGUCUGGGGGGAGAUAAACAGUCCAGCACCCCAUCAACAUUACGACAGUUAGACCUUCAGUCGUAUGAUUUCGAAGAUGUUUCACGCAAUUUUGAUGAAAGUAAUAUAAAUAUUAGUGACCUUGAAGCAUCAAAAGAUGAUCUUAGUUUUGAUAAUGAUUUUGGGGAUACAGAGGAUAGGUCUCGUGGUAGAAUAACGCCAAAAGGAAACAGAAGUGGCCUUAGUAGUAGAAGUAGCUUUGAUCAUUCAUUGAAUUACGAUGAAACUUUUGAUGGGGAUGAUCAAAAAGGAGACAAUCAGAAGCAGGAUUUAUUUGGUGAGGAGUAUUAUCGUCAGUUGCAAGAAUUAGGGGUACUUGUUGAUGAGGAUGAUUUUGCUAAUCCUAGAGAUUCAUUGCAAGAGUUUGAAAAUCUAGAAACACAUUAUUCUCGGGAUUAUGAUGGUGAUGGUGCAGCGAGAGAUGAGAUUGAGGAAUUCUUACGUCAAGACGGACCUGAUGCCACACGUGAAUCUAUGGACAUUGAGUUACCUGAUCAAGGUGUGAGAAAUUCAGAACGGAAAUUAUAUGAGAGUCAUGGUUUUGAUUCUUUUGAUCAGCGCCAGUUUGAAAUAAAUGAGGGUAAGCGUACAAGACCAAAUACAGCAAGUUCGACUCGGACAAUAAGUAGUCGAUCUUUUCCUGAAAUAUCUCCAGAGGAAGCUCUUGAACUUUACACUGAAAGAAUUCAGUCUUUGGACCAUGACAAUGAUAGUAUUCGAUUUGAACAAUCUCAGAGUCAGAGAACUGAUCAAAGUGAUGAUGAUGAGGAAAAUGAUGAUGAAAUAUUCUUUGUUACAAGUCAAGAAAAUGACGGAGACAGUCCAAAACCGGCUAAAAUGCCAGCAUAUGAUAUUGAAAAUAAACCUUCAUUGACACCACAAAGGAAAAAUAAGAAACAAUCAGGACAAUUAAGUGAUGAUAGUAGGUCAGUUACUCCUCAAGGUCAUAGUCAAGACUAUGAUGAUGAAUCAGAUAGAAGUAGGUCAGUUACACCUCAAGCCAAAGAAUUAAAUCAAGAUAAUAAUGGUUAUCAGAGCAAUGAUGAAAGAUUUGACUCUCUAACACAAGUUACGCGACUUGAUUCUCGUAAUAAAACACAAAGUGAAAGUGACACUUUUAGACCUGAUUCUGCUCUCAGUGAACUUUCUUCUGCCGCUUCGGAAAGUAGGUCAGUAAGACCAAAAACUAGUAAAUCGCAAGGGAAACCACCAAUGCAACAGAAAGGAGGUAUGUCUCAUGCAAGGUCACAAGAAAGCUUUUUUGAUCAUGAAACAGGAAGUUUUAAGAAAUUGGAAAAAGGUCCGAAAAGAUUGUUGCCAAAGCCAAGUCCCAUUGAAGAAAAUCAGCCUCUUAAAGUCAAAAGUAAAAGUGCUACUAACCUGAAUGCCAUGGGUCCAGUAAAACCUACCCACAUGACACUGUCGGAAAUUCGUAAUAUCAAUAUCGAUGAUCCGAUCAUAGACUUACAAGACAUUGAUAAAAGCGAACCAAAGAGCAAUGCUUCAGAUGUUCCAAAAGGAGAAUUAACUCAAAAAUUAAAACAGGAAUCAAACAAACGACAGCAGGCCACACAGCUUGUGAGGCAGCUACAGUCUGACUAUGAUAAACUCUUAUCAAAAUAUGCAUUAGCCGAGUUGACAAUUGAUCAAAUGAGAUUGGGUGCUAAAAUUUCAAUUCAUGCGAACUCUCCAACACCGAGUCAGGCUACAAGUGGUUCCUUGCAAUCAGCACAGCAUUUACAUAUGUUACAGUUGGCAGGUGGUCAUCGGGGAUCUUUGACAUCUGCCUCACCAUCUGUGGCAACACCAAAUGUAUUCUUUCCAGAGAGUCAACCACAGGAUGGAUCUGAGAGUAGAAUGCCACAGCAUCGAGGCACUUCGCCAGCCUUGCUACCCAGGUCAGACUCCACCAACAGUAUGGAUUCUACCAGCACGCCCAGGGGUGAUGUUGAGGAACCAGGAGGUAUUGCAAAUGAUGCAGAGAAAGUCAAACUAGGCCUCAUGUUCCAGACCAGAAAUCUAGAUGAAAGGAUGCAAUCAUUCCAGACAUUACUUGCUAAUGAUGAAAAUCAGCUGACAGUCGAAGAACAAGAGAGUGUGUUUGAUAAAAUACGUACCGAUCAUGAGAAACUUCGUAGAGAUUAUUUACAAUCCAAAGAAGACUAUAAUGUAUUACGGCGAUCAACAGCAACAGGGUUAGAUGUGGCAUUUGACCAGGAAAAAGAAUUAGAGGGAGAAUUGUUUAAACUUGGGAUGAAAUUUGAUGAAAUUCAUGAAAAAGUUGAAGAAAAUUUAAAAGAAAAAUCUGCUAAAAGACAGCCAUUUCAGAAAAAACAUCAGGAAAGUGGUGACUCGACACUUGAAAAUUCCAUGGAUGUUGAUCCAUCAACGGAAAAUAUAAAAAAGAAAAUGGAAGGUAUAAGUGCAGGGAAUGACCUUCUUGAACCUAAACGUGAUUCAGAGUUUGAUAAAAAGUUAGAACACUUACAUGAGGAAUAUAAUGCUUUAAUGGAUAGAUAUAGGAGGUUAAAACAGAUGGCAAAAACACCAGAACGGGAAAAGGAAAUAGAUAAUUUAGUUAAGAAACUUCGAAAGAUUUGUAAAGAGGAACCAGAUAUUUUUAAACUGCCAUCAGAUCUUCAACCAGGAUAUGACACACCAAGUUCUCAGAAAGCAAUAAAAUCUGAGACAGUACAUACACAGCAAACAUUGGGAACAAGGCCAAAAUCUUCAGAAAACUUUGACACCUCAGAAUCCAUUAAACCACCCUCACCAGAGAAACGUAAACUUCCUCAACCAAAGCUAGACAAAUCUCCGGCCAAAUCUUACGAGAUUCUGACGGCUUCCGAAACAUGGAGUCUUGCUGAGAGCAUUGAUAGAUGGGCACAAAGUAAAGAGGCCCAUGAAGAGAGGCGACGAAUGUCAAAGUCACAAGAUAAUCUGAACUCAUCCAUGGCCUCAAACAGAUCUUACCGCAGUGAAGAUAGAGAUGGUGACAGUCGCUAUGACGAUCUGGAUUCUGGUCUACAAAACAAACAUCGCAGUGGUAGUUAUAGUAGCUUGUCCAGUAGAGGGCGCCACACACCAGACUUCUCGUCACAUGAUCGGGGAUCCCCAGUACCUAGUCUUCCACGUCCUCAACGACAUGACUAUCCUGACAGAGAACGGAGGGAUAGACGAGAACUGAAAAAGAGUGUAGAGUCGUUACGAGCAAGUACAACAAGUCUUGCUACAGACAGUGGUAUAGACUCAGUUCACACCCCAAAGUCUAGAAUGAAGAAGCCCGAGGGCGGAAGCACAACUAGUCUGCAGGAUAGUGGGAUCUCGGAACAUGAGGGUGGGGCUACAGGGGGACAUUCUGGCCCAAGUAGCCCCCUGUCAAAGUUACCAGGUCCAGGGAAGUUUAAACAGAUGACUGGUCGCCGAGAACUGGAUACAGACAGUGGCUUCAUUGGUUCUAUGGUGGGGUCAGAGGUCAGUGCUGGCAACCUGUCUUCACGGAGACAACCACCACAGUCACCUCUAAGGUUACGACACCCUGGAGAAAUGCCAAAUCAAAGUUUGAGGAGGUUGGGACUGUAUAGUUUUAGUUCAGAUUUUAAGUGGCCAAGUUCCCGCCAAAGCAAUAGAUCAGAAGACAGUGCAAGGGCAACAACGCCAAGAUCAGCCAGGUCUGUAGCAUCAUCCAGGUCCUCUAGACGCACACCUACCAAAGCUUUCCCACUCCCAGAGACCAAGCAGACGGAAAAUGAGGCACGAGCUAAAACACCUAGCAAAGAGGAACGGAAAACUCCUUCAAGAUCAGACAGUAGAACAAAAACCAGGGAACAGCAGCUUCAGACAUCUGGUAGAUCACGAGACUUUACGGAUGACAGCUACACUUCGGUAACAGAAAGCGAGAUGAGUUUUGACUCGGACAUGAGAGGACAGAGACACAGGCCAAGCAGUCGCAAUACAUCACAGCGAAACAUUGAGAAAAUCAUGGAGGACAGUGAAGAAGAGCAAUAUUCCAUAGAUCCAACAUUAAAUGAAACGACAGAUCUCAAUUUGUCUUGGAUAACCUCUGAUUCCGAGAGACCUAGCAUCAAGCAAUCAAAACGACAAGACAGCACAAAACAAACACCAAAGAAGGCCCAGGAAACUUCAAAAUCUGGGUCAAAGGUCACACCACAAGGAGGCAGAGGUCAGACAACACAAUUGGGCAAAGGUCAGGCACAAGCUAGGGGUAGAGAUGGACGGAGAUUUGGUGAAAUGACCGAUGAAAGUACAACAUCAACAAUGUCAACAAGGGACAUAACUCAGGAUUUAACACAGGAUACGACACAGGACAGCUACACUUCAGAUGAAACUACACCAAGGUCAGUAAUUGAAAGAGAAAGAAAACAGGCCAAAUUAAAACAACAAUCAAGACCUAACCAGGAAACAAAAACAAAAAGAGCACCAUCACCAGCAACAGAGGUUGCCCCUCCACAGAGGGUUACAACACCACUUAAAGCUUCAAGGUCUGAAGUACACCCGAAGAAGAUUUUGGACAGUACGCUAGAUUCAAGUCCAGAGCCACCAAGAAUAGAGCGUCAAGCAGCUUUAAAACCUAAAUACGUAGAUCGAAGUAUAGGAUCUGGUAGCGAGGAAACAAUACUGGCUUCUGAUGCUGAGACAGCUGCCACUGGUGCAACAAGGGGAUCUGCUAACAGUGCCAGAAUAAAGUUGCUAUCAGAUGAGAUCGGCAAAUUGAGGGAAGAGUUUGUGCGAGCAAAUAACGAGAGAGCCAAUCAACAGCAAGUCUUACCCCCACCCCCUGCCCUGCCCCAGCAACAACAGAACCAGUAUUAUGACCAAUAUUUUGACCCUACUGAGGAUCCUCUAGCGUUUAUGAGAGGACCUAGGCGGAGAGCAAAUUCAUUUUCAGGUCAUGGAGGGCGUGACUGGGACUAUGACUGGACGUUGCCAAAUGUGAAUCGUGACGGCGACAUUCCCCUCGGAUAUGCGGCUGCCGAUGCUUAUGCUUCACCUAGACAUAAACAAAAACAUGAGGAAUCUCCUGCAGAGGAGAGCAGAACAAGGGGAAGGAACAGACUUAGACGUAGGAUCCAUCAGCGGAAUUCAGGAACGCAGCACUAUCCAGAGCAGAAUGGUUACGAAUCUGAUCAGUCACCAACAAGGGCUCAAGCUGAGGAAGUUCAAACCUCGCCGAGCAAGGUUCAGGGGCAUUAUGGGUAUUAUACACCUCAACAGAACACAGCAAGCCCUGCACAGCAAAACAUCCAAGUUAGAUCACCUGGACAACUACAACCAGGAAGACGCGUUUUCGGUUCUCAGCCUAACUUAGCCUAUACAGGGUACCAGCCACCUCCACCCCCAAGGUCCACAGCCUCAGGAUCAACAAGAUCUGCAAGCCAAACAUCCUCUACUCGACCACUCCGACAAACACUUUAUUCAUACGCUGCCAACCCAACACAAAAUAGAGCUGGAUAUAACCAGUCCGAGAUUAAGCCACCACCAUAUGGCCACCACCGUCAAAGACAAUAUGCCAGUGACGAUAUAUGCUUAAAUGAUGGACAAACACAGUUUAUUCCAAAUGGUGCUACUGACAUACAAAAUGUACAAAAUGAAGGUGGAAUUUAUACAUCUUCCUGCCCUAUUUGUGGUAGCUCAAGUUACCAUUCACAUGGAGAUUUUGUGUACCCUCCAGAAGAUCACAGAGUGCCCUUAGGAUAUAUAGUGCAUGAUGGAAGACAGAUUGUUGACAGCGUUCAAGUUCCAAUCUACUCAUUGCCCCCUAAUGUGGCCACACCAACACCCAGACCCUUUUCAUCCCGCUCAUUCAGGAGCCCACUGCCAUUCAGAAUAUACAAAGCCCCGCCUCAGUUGAAACCACACCUACUUCCAAUUAACAUUCCUAAAAAAAUCAUAAUACCCCAAGUAACAUUCCAAAGUCCGCCCCCUGCAAGAAAUCAGCCAAUGGCAGCAAGUCAUGAUGCAGUGCACCAGCCAAUCAUUGAGAUGGACUCUCCUGCAGAGGAGGGUGCACAGCCAAGAACAAGGGCAAGGUCCAAGUCAUGGGGACGCUCGGGAAGAAUACGACACUACUCGCCUGAUGGAAGAAUAAGAAGUAGAUAUUUUGUUCGGGAAUUCGGCAAUGAUGAAAGUGACAGUGCCGAGUCAGAAGAGGAGGUAGCACCAAGAAGAAGAAGUCGAAGUGUUGGCAGACGCAGAUUACGGCAUGGACGUAAAUACCGGCGUGUACGUGGAGAGGAGGAAUACGAAAGUGAUAGAGGAUCAGGGUCGUUAAAUUUGAAAAAAUCUAAAUCUCAACCAAAUGUCCAAGAACCUGCUGAGGAAUUAAAGGGGGGCAACCAUUCCCCUGAAGAAAAGAUUUCUGCAGCAGGCGAAGAUGAUUUGAAUCGAUCUUUACGAUUGGUCAGUGAGAUUGAUGAAUUAACGCACAAAAUGAUGGAUACAGUAAGCGGAGAGCUGGCAGUGAUGCGACGAGGAAAAGAAUUUGGAUCAUCUGUAUGGUAGAGAGAUGGCAGGGUAGCCAUGCUGCCAAGAAGAAAAAGACUUCAAGUUGUCAGUAUGGUAGAGAGAUGGCAGGGUAGCCAUGCUGCCGAGAAGAAAAAGACUUCAAGUUGUCAGUAUGGUAGAGAGAAAAUGAAGAGCUUCAGUAAACAUUUUUAGAGCCAGUUUCAUGUGUACUUAAUUCAUGACAAUAAUCAGGGACUCCAACAAUAGGUAGAUAUUCCAUAUAGUUCGGUAUCAGUAGACAGAUUUUGAAUUUGGAUUUCAGAUCAAGUUUAAAUCACUAUCAGCCAUAAAAAUCAUGUAUUUUCUUGCUUUAAGCUACUUGCCCACAGUUGGAGCAAAAUUUUUCAGCAUGUUUAUUUCUACCAAGUUGGUAUAUAAUGUAUACAUGACACUGAAAAGUGUUACAGUGAGUGAAAAGAAGUGUUAGAUAUUGGUAAGAAUGUUGAUGUUACCCUUUUACUCCCAUCUGUUCAAUAUUUCAGGUAACUUAUUUGGAUAUAUUCAUGUGUCAAUAAGUUACUGGUUACUUUCACAUCCACAUUUUAUUUUUUCAAGUAAAACCUUUAGCCUAAAAAGUGUGAAGGAGUCGCUUUGAAGAUAAAAAUUCAUUUAUAAAGUUAGAACAAUAAAGUACAGUACAAUACAAAUUUUAUUUAAAGUCGGUGCAUAUAUAUAAACAGGAAAACAUUAGCUAUGUAUAGCUAUUUACCUAUAUAAAGUUGCUUGCAUAAUAUCUUUAUGGACAUUUCUCAGUUAAAGACCAAUAGAAAUUCACUACCCAAAAUACCAGAACUUUAAAACAUCACUAAGCAUUUUAAAUAUACUGGUAGCUGAGGUAGAGACAUUGAAUUUUUUUUUUUACUGUUCACGAAAAAUAUACAUGUGAAUAAUAUUAAAUACCAGUACUGAACAUGGUGUUAUUUUGGCAUAGUCCAAUAUUUGAUUGUACAAAAAAUGUGUGGUUGUAUUUUGGUUUGUGUAAUAUCCACCGUUUUACAUACUUUACAGUUUAUCUUUUCUGGUUUUUGAUAUGUUCAGUUUAGGCCUUUCAGUAGUAAACCAAUCAUUGACCAUACAAAAUAUUCCAGAAUAUGACAUAUAUAAACUUUGUGCAUUUAGAUUUUAGCACCAUACAUAUGAGAGAUACAGUGAAAAUCUGUUUAAGCCAUAUACUGUUAUUCAGAUAUUCAUUUAGAGAAUCGUUGCACUUCUAUCAGUGAUAAUGUGGAAAUCAAAAUGCUAUUUUGCCAUGUUUACAUGCCAUUUUAUAGAAUGCAUUUAGUUUAUUUUUGUCCUCUGUGAUUUUCAGAAUGAUAUUUAUUUUUGCAUUGUUUUUAAUGCAGCUUUAUUCAGCAAUUGUCAAAUUUACUUCUAUUUUCCGUCCAUGACUUGCGCUUUUUGUUUUUAAGAUUUUUAUUACAUUUAAAAAAAAAACUUUUGUUUCCUAAAAUUAAAUUUUAAGGUUGGUCCAUGUCUUGUAUGUUAUUAUUAUUCCGAGUAUUUCAGUGACUGGGAUAUUAAUUUUCUUAUGCCUUCAUUUUAAAAACCUGAAGAGUUGGUUGUUUCAAAAUAAUAGGUUUACAUUCAAGGCACUUUAGACUUUUCAGUUCUUAAAUCCACGGUGAUCUUGACUAUGGUAUUUGAAGUGUAUGCAUUGCCUUUUACUGUUUGAGGGAUAAAGUUUUGUUUAUUUAACAUUUUUGGUAAUUUCAUAAACAAGAGGGUCAUGAUGACCCUGGAUUGCUCACCUGAGCCUUUAGAGUGUUAACAGGCUUUUCCUUUGAUUUGACCGGGUGACCUAGUUUUUGACCCCAGAAUGACCUAGAUUCAAACAUGGCAUAGAGAUAUUCAAGAUAAACAUUCUGACCAAGUUUAAUGAAGAUAGGAUCAUAAAUGUGGCCUCUACAAUGUUAACAAGCUUUUCAUGUGAUUUGAGCAUGUGACCUAGUUUUUGAUCCCACUGUCCACAUGACCCAUAUUCAAACUUGACCUGGAGAUCAUCAAGAUAAACAUUCUGAUCAACUUUCAUGAAGAUAGGGUCAUAAAUGUGGCCUCUAGAAUGUUAACAAACAUUCCAUUGAUUUUAGUGGGUGAGCUAGUUUUUGACCCCCACAUGACCAAGUUGGAAUCAUCAAGAUAAACAUUCUGACUGAGUUUCAUGAAGAUAGGGUCAUAAGUGUGGCCUCUAGAGUGUUAAUAAGCUUUUCCUUUGAUUUGAGCGGGUGACCAAGUUUUUGAAUCCACAUCAGCAGAUUCAAACUUGGCCUUGGAAUCAUCAAGAUAAACAUUCUGACCAAGUUUCAUGAAGACAGGGUCAGAAAUGUGGCCUCUACAGUGUUAACAAGCUUUCCUUUGAUUUGAGCGUGUGACCUUUUUUUUUUGACCCCUCAUGGCCCAGUUUUGAACUUGGCUUAGAGAUCAUUAAGAUAAACAUUCUCACCAAGUUUCAUGAAGAUAGGGUCAUAAAUGUGGCCUCUAGAGUGUUAACAAACUUUUCCUUUGAUUUGAUCAGGUAACCUAGUUUUAGACCUUAAAUGAUCAAGAUGCGAACAUUCUGACCAAGUCUCAUGAAGAUAGGGUCAUAAAUGUGGCCCCUAGAGUGUUAACAAGCUUUUCCUUUGAUUCGAUCGAAUGACCUAGUUUCUAACCAGAUUCUAACUUGACAUAGAGGUCAUCAAGACAAACAUUCUGACCAAUUCUCAUGAGUUUCAAACUUAAAAUGUGGUCCCUAGAGUGUUAACAAGAUUUUCCUUUGAUCUGGCCUAGUGACCUAGUUUUUGAUCCAACAUGACCAAAUUUCGAACUUGGCCUGAAGAUCAUCAAGAUAAACAUUCUGACCAAGUAUCAUGAAGAUAAUGUCGUAAAUGUGGCCUCUAGAGUGUUAACAACCUUUAUCUAAGGGCGCUAAAUAAAUCUGGUAUUAUAAUAAUAAAAAUACCUUUGAUUUGACCAGAUGACCUAGUUUUUGACCGAACAUGACCCAGAUUCGAACUUGACCUAGUGGUCAUCAAGACGAACAUUCUGACCAAUCCUCACGAGUUUCAAACUUAAACUGAGGAGUCUAGUGUUAACAAGAUUUUCCUUUGAUCUGGCCUACUGACCUAGUUUUUGACCCUACAUGACCCAGUUUCAAGCUUGAACUAGAGAUCAUCAAGACAAACAUUCUGACCAAGGUUCAUAAAGAUUGGGUCACAACUGUGGCUUCUAGAAUGUUAACAAGGGAAAUGUUGACAGACGACGGACGAAGAUGGACAAUGACCGGUCACAAUAGGUCACCCUGAACACUUCGUGCCCUGGUGAGCUUAAAACAGUCCUUGUACUAGCCCUCUUACUUUAAAGGGAAUAAUUUACAACUGAUGCAUAGUUUAAACUAUGUGUAAUAACACUUCCCAAAUUUUUCCAAAUUUUAGUCACACAAAAAGAUAACAGUUAUCAGGGCCUUUUAUUUAUUUUCUUUUAAAUGCUGUGGCAGUUUUUCUAAUAAUAAACAAGUCUGCUAACAGAUCUACUACCCUGGUUAAAUUUGACCAUUUCAAACUUGUAAACACAUGAUGGGUUUACAGUAGUAUGGAUUUAAUGUACAUGUGUAGUCUGUUUGUUAACAAAAAAUAAAUAUUCCGUCCUGUUCAAUGUUUAUGAUUUGAAAGUUUGUCUCAUUUUUCAAGAAAUUUUGUAUUAGCUUGUGAUAUGGUUCAUUUUUAUUUAUUUAUAAUAUUUAUUAAACUUUAACCAUCCUUUUAACAUGAAUUAUCUUUUAAUUUAUUUGAUAUCUGUAUACCUUACUUUUAUUAUUUAUUAUUACAUCAUCUACACAGGAACAUUACAUCAUCUACACAGGAACUCCAGAUCACCAAUGUAGAUUUUUCUGACAUUGUUCCACCUUUUUGUUUUAGAAGAGUUAACAGUCUAAAACAAUAUAAUUCAGAGUUUCCAUAAUCAGAACUUUGAAAACUACUCACAAACUAGAGGUAGACUUAAAUAAAAAUAAUUUCUAGAUUCCCAAACCAGAGCUUGUGUAGUCAUCCAUUUUCAAAAGCAGUAGAAAUUUUAGAUUUUGAUCAAUAUUACUUGUAAAAUGUAUUUAAAGAAACAGCUUUCUAUACACUGGAAAGAAUUUUUCCGUUUAAUGCUUUAUUGAAGUUGGAACAUUUAUUUGAUUUCUCUUAAAACAUUUGUAUUACAACAGAAGAAAUUCAGAUUUAAAAAAUAAAUAAACGAAUUUUCAUAAGUAUUUGAUAUCGUAUGUAAGAAAUCAAGACCUAAACAUCUUGCAUUAUGUCAUACGAAGAUAUAAUUUGACAAACUUCAUGUAUAUAUCUUAAGCCUAAAACAUUGUUAUAGCUUUUAUAUAUAAACUGUACUUAUUGAGUACAGAUCCUUUAACAAGUGUGAUAUUUUAAUCUACAUGUACAGUUUUUGUAAUGAAAUAAAUAUUUAUGUACAAAG